UAAUUACGUAUCUGACGAAAUCAAAUUACACUCGUCAAAAACCGUUUUGUAAACGACUUUAAUUUUGAAAAUUUUCAAGCCCCAGAGGUAUUUUUAAUGCAUCAUGGAGAUAGCUCAGAAUUUUAUGGGUCCUUUAGCGACGGACACAAUGACCCGAAUAAACGAGAAUGGCAAUGUCGUGGGGACGAUUAUCGUGAACUGCGAAGGGUUUCCGGAGACCACGACUCUGGACAGUUUAACAGCGGCCACCUACUCUACUCAUAUGAGAAAUUUAUCGCAUCACGCGACGAAUGCUCUUAAAGAAAUUGACGUGACGGAUGAGUUAAUGGUUUUGCGGCUGGUCUCUAAGAAGACAGAAGCAGUGGUCGCACCAGACCAUGAAUUUCAUUUAAUCGUGGUCAUGAGGAAGACUUGAUAUUAUUUUACUUUAAAGAAAUUUUAUUAUGUCGAACAUUUAAAUUUCUAAAGUCAUACAAUUCAGUUUGUAGUUCUUGAUUGCUCAAAAUUUUAUUAAAUGUAGAAAAAACGUAUUGUGAAAUAGAAUUAUUCAUACAGAAUA